UCUCGUAGCGACGGCGGAGAAGAUUCGCUUUAAUUCGACGACACAGUUCCCUUUUUUCGUACCGCGCAUCUUUUGACGGAUGCUGUGAAGUGUUUUUCUCACCGAACCAAUAGAAGGUUACCGCGUGCAAGGUGUGGAAUCGGCUAAACGGAACCAAAUGGGGGACUUGUGUAUUAGCGGUGUUCCCUCUCCGUAUGGACGACACGGUGCGUACGAAUGAGCGCGCGCGCGUGCAUGUGUGUGUGUGUAGUGUCGCGUUUUUCAUUAGCGGAAGGAAAAAAAGAGGACAGUGCUGUUGGAACGACAGGAGGCGAAGCAGUACUUGGUGAAGAAGAGCCAUCGCACACACCACCAUCACGUUGCGUUCUAAGAGUGUGGGCCGCUUGUUGGGCGCCGUUUGGAGAAGACGGCAAGGAAUAGCGACCAAAUUCGGCAGGCAAGCAAACAGGCGAGCGGUGGGACCAACUUUGCCGACGGCUAUCCCUCUACCGAAAGGUGGACGCAAAGUGAAGAGAGUGUAGAAGUAAGAGGGAGCAAGAGAGAGAGAGAGAGAAAUAAAUAGUACGAAGCAAAGUGUUAGAAAGAGUGCGAUGCGUUGCAAUAAUACACGGGUGCGGAUCAAGAUGGAAGAUUGUUUGUGCAAUUGAAGCACCACCAGCAGCCGAUGUGUGUAUAACUUUGUGCGUGCUUGUGUGUGUGCGUGCGUGUGUACCGAGACGAACGUGCGUAUGUAUGCGUGUGCUUCGGUGCGUUUGACAUCGAACAAAAAAAAAGUGCAUCGAAAAAUCGCAGCAGCAUCUUCGUUGAAAACGCAGCAGGCAGUGCGCGCCGCCCUCCUCCCCUAGUUUGGAUGAGGACCUGUGUGGCAGACAACAGUGUGGGAAGCGUAAAGCAGCCUUCACCACCCGUCACCGUUGUUGCACUGUACCGCGUUCUUCCUCAUACAAGAGAGACGGUGUAAACGACGUAGAGAGGCAGCAACGAAAAAAAAAGGUCGUGAAAAGUACCUUCUCACACACAGAGCGCCAUCAUUGCCACCCUCAUACGUAGUGUGUAAUUGUGUCGCGAAGUGUAAUAGCAGCAGUAGCAGUUGCGGUUGGAAUCGGCGGCAUAUGGCAGCCAUCAAUCCCUAUUGAUUGUGCAUAACACGCUGUCGCUCGGUCGUUCCACAAUAAAACCCACCAAAAAAAACACAAAAAACGAUGGCAUAAUGCAUCCCGAGGAGCUGAAAUCGAAAGCAUUCGUACUGGAACCUCAGGACAGUGGUUUUCUCGGAACGGGACAGGUGCCACAGCAAUAUCUUAACCAGCAGCAGCAGCAACUGUUCCAACAGCAGCAGCAGCAGCAGCAGGUCUUUCAGGAACAACAGCAUCUUUUACCGCAGUAUCACCAACAACAACAGCAGCAGCAUUACCAUCAUCAACAGCAGCAACAACAGCAACAGCAACAGUAUCAACAGCAGCAGCAACAUUUCACCCGACAGGCAGCGACUUCCUGCAUGCAGGACAAGUACAGCGGUGGCAACGCACUACGUGGACAGCAGCUCCAAAUGGAAUGGGGUGACAGUCUGGCAACGGAUCGCGUUAUUGCCGGCGGGGGUGGUGGUGUCACUGCCGGCACAUCGAUGACAACCGGCCUUGGGCAUCAUCACCACGGGGGACAAAAUGCACUGCAAAGCACGGCAGACGUGGUCGUCGGUCCGAACGCGUUCGUUACGCACGGUUACGGCAAUGAGACGGCAACGCAGGGCCACCAGCGCCGUAUGAUGCCGUCGGUCGGUGUAAACCAGUAUGCCGGUAACCGCAGUGUAGAUGCAUCCGGAGCGAGCACUUCCGGGGCUUCCUACUUUCACGAUCAGCUCGGCGCCCAUGGCCAGUCCGUGGUUGGUACGCCGAUGGGACACUUUGUCGGUGUGGAGCAAACGAACGCGGGAGCUUACGGAACCGGUGGUGUAGUGACGGGUGGGAUCGUAUCAGGCGGUGGUCGUACGGUUGGCCCGAUGGUAGCGAGCCCGAAUGCCGCUUCGCCACCGGGAGUGCCGGGAAUGGGUGGUGGAAAUGCAUACGGUCAUGCGGCAGGUACACCGACACACGUGGCUGCCUACAUGCAGCAAGGAUCCCCGAGUGGCAUGCAACGAAUGAACGAUAUGGGCACGAUGCAAACGUCCGUCGGUUCUGCCGGUGCGAUGGUUGCCCAGCAACAGAUGGGCCGAACCCAGCUGCCGAUGCAUUCGGACUUUGGAUCCAGUGCGUCCCGAUCACCUUUCCAGUCAGCUGUUUCGCUCCCGUCUUCGAGUCCGUGCAUGGUCGAUGCGACUGGAGCAACUGGACAGAUCGCGUCCUGUUCGAAACCUUCCGAUAUGGUCCUGAACAAUGAUCCACUGAAGGCAGCUAAUCAGAUGCCGGUUAUUACCCAGCAGCAGACAAGAGCAUCACAAAUGUACGGUCUGCAGGGUGCUGCCCCAAUGGAGGUUUCGUUGGAGUCGGAAUUCACCUUCCCGGGGGUUGAUCCAAGCGCUACUGAUACCGUACAACAUCAACAACAACAGCAACAGCAACAGCAGCAACAGCAACAGUCGCUUUCGUUAGCACUCGGUGGUAAUGGUCCAGCACCGGUAACUCGAACGGAUACUCCAAAUGAGCGCAUGACACGCUCUGCCACAGCGAAUAGCCGUGCCGCAGCUCGUCUGGCAGAGGAAGCUUCCGAGGAUUCGGAAGCACUCGAAGAGGUGGUUCCCGUAGAUCCGCUUGCUACUAACGACCUUAACUCGGUGCUGCAAGGAAACACCUCCGGGAAGUCGAAUAGUAUGUUGGCACAAUCGGCUGGCAUUAACGAAGGACAGCUGACGCCAGCGAUGGUACUCUCGCACGCGACCGACCAGCCACGGAAACGAUCUGUCAAGCAUGUGCGCUUUAUGGAACCGACCGAAGAGAACUCCUUUGAUGGGAUGCAACAAUCAAGGGCCAAUGUGGUUUCACCACAUCCACUCGGACUUGGCCACCGUGAUGAUGAGGAGGGCGAAGAAGAGGAAGAGGACGAUGAUAUGGAUGGGCUAUCGUUGAUGCAGAAUCUGCCACCGGUUGAGAGUUUGUUGGUCGAAAUGGACGAACCGCUCGAUGAUGACGAGAACGAUGACGAGGAAGUAGAAAUGGAGGAUGAUGAUGAUAACGGGGGAAGGCGUCGGAUGUCGGGACGCAGGCGGGAGCAGCUCGCGGUACAUCGCUCACGCUCGAAACACAGUGAAUCGAUCGAGCUAGAGCUGGAGCCGCUAUUGCCGGAAAUUGAAAUGGGCGAAGGUGGCGGUACGGGCGAUGAAAAGGGCGACGACAAUCGGAUUGCACCGGUAGCACUCGUCUGCCGGGUGUGUCUGUGCGACGAAAAGGCGGAGGGCGCCGAUGGUGAGCAACAGCGGCCAAUGGAGUCGCUUUACUGUACGGUCGUGCCCGAAUAUCAGUCGCGCAGCCUUUACUCGAUACUGAUCACCGUCUGCCAUCCGCUGCAUCUCGGUAGCAAUGCCGGUAUGCCGGACCGGAUAUGUGGGCCGUGCAAAACAAAGCUGCUGGCCGCGUACGAACUGUACGAUAUGUGCCUGCGCAACGACGAAAUGCUGCGCCGGAAGUAUCAGGAAAAGUUGCUGCUCGCAUCCAGUGCUGCGGGCGAUGGUGGUGCAAUGCGCCGCAUCAAGAAGGAAAAGCUGGACAAUAAUGGCGUCGAUGCGAUGGGCGAUGACGAUGAGGACGACUAUUAUCGUGGAGGUAUCUCCAAACGUGGCUCUAUGCAAAUGAACGAUCAUGACGAUUCCUAUCUGUACGAUCGCCAAUAUCCGCUGCAUGCGGCCAGCACUGCGCGCAGAAACUCUACCAUCGCAGCCUUGCAAUCCCGCUUCCAGCAGCAGCAACAUCACCAACAACAAUCACCCAGCAAAUGGGGCAAAUAUCAUCGGCAGUCGCAAUUCGGUUCACCGAGCCAUCUGCGCAUACAUCAGGUGGCCAACGGGCCGGAAGCAUUGCGUCAACUGCACGACGGCAGAACGAAGCAAUCGGCCGCCCGUUCACCGGCAACGUACGAUUACAACUCAUUCCACAGAGUACUGCCAAACGGGAGCCAUCAGUGUACGAAGUGCUUCCGCGAGUUCAAAUACCACAGCUACUACAAGAACCACUAUAUCAGUCAGCACGAUCCGAGCAAACCGUUCAAGUGCCGCAAAUGUCACUACACCUUCCUUACCGAGCGGUGGUUGAUCGUGCACAUGCGCACACACAUUGCGUCGGGUGACAUGAUGACGAUUAAUAGUGUCGGCGGUGGAGGAGCGCUGGGUACGGAUACUGGCACGAUGGAUUCAUUUGACUCGUCCCUGGACGGUAGCAUGGAACGGCGCAAGGGCGUCAGAGGGUUCGAAUGUUAUUACUGCGACAUGUCGUUCCCGGCAAUAACGCUGCAAAAGCGUCACAUGCUGGCGGUGCACGCGGAUAAGCAUCGCGGACUGGAAUGUCCGAUUUGUCAGUGUCGUUUUGUGAAUCAGUCCAGCUUCCUGUUGCAUUUACAGGAGCAUAAGAAUCAGAAACGUAUGGGCAAAAGCGCCAAGCAGGACGAUAAUGAUAAUGAUUCGCAGACGAAGGGCGAGGAUGGAGCUGGUGGUGUGCAAAUAAAGCGGGAACACAUUUGUACCGUUUGCACCAUGUCCUUUGGGCGUGAGGUACAGCUGUACGAGCAUAUGCAGGAGCAACAUUUGGAAGCAUUUUUGGCGCUGCAUAUGGAACAGGCUUUCAUGUGUGGCGUUUGUUUGACGGAGUUUAACGAUCGGGCGGCGCUCGAGAGCCAUACGUCCACUGCGCACAGUGAGGCAGAGCUGGCGGAAGCCGCCACGAAGGAUAAACCGGAAGGAGACACGCCGGAAGCGGACAGUAAGGAAGAUGAAUUGAUGGAUAAUAUCAAAAAGGAAGCGGAAAGUAAUACGGACGAACCGAACGAAGGUGUCGAUGCGAAGAAGCGCGUUUCGGACGAGGAAAGCAAGGUCGUCGAUAAAGCACCAGAAGGAUGUUCGGUGGUAUAUAAGUGCAAGCUGUGCCAGGCACGUUUCGUUACGAAAGGUUCGCUGGCCUCCCAUCUGGAAACGCACGUGGCAGCGAUGAAGCGCACCAGCGGUAAGCGACCGUACAGUGAAACGAUGGAUAAUGAUGGAGCGGACAUGGGAGAUAGUGUGGCAGACGAUGACGAUUAUAGCGGCGAGGAGGACGAUGAGGAUGAUGAGGAUGCGGCGGGCGGAGAGAAGCAGCCGAAACGCUCCAAAUCACAAGAAGACGACGAUGAUACGACGGAAGAAAUGCCGAUCGAUCCCGACGAAAUUUCGUUCAAUCCAGACACGGGCGAGCAGAUGUUUACGUGUCAGGUGUGCGGUAAGGUCAUUAACACGGUGUCCCAGUUCCGGCGCCAUAAGCGCGUUCACUCGCCGAAGGGUCGUCCAUUCGAAUGUCACAUCUGCUUCUAUCGGUUCGCAAUGAAGUACAGCUACACGGCCCAUAUGCUGCGGCACGAGCUAGGCUGCAAUCCCACCCAACCCACAACCUAUCGCUGCUCGAAGUGUUCAGAGACGUUCACUCGCCGAAAGCUACUCAGCCAGCACAUCGCGGCCAUGCACGGCCGUUGGUCGGCAGGCUCUGGCAGUCCGAUGUAUAGCGCCGGCCAUGGUUCAAGUAUGUCGAACCAUGGGGCGAAUGUUUCGGGCCGGGGAACAAUGGGCCAAAUGGGUGGAGCAUCGGGAAUGGCCAGCAGUGGCAGUGGAAGAGGCACCCACACCUGUCCAAUCUGUUCGGAAUCGUUCACCCGCGAGAGUGUGCUCAAUGGGCACAUGAAGACGCACAAUCUAGAGGCGGCACAGAUGCUACACUCCGAGGUGUGCUACCUGUGUCGGGUGUGCAGCAACGAGUUUGAAUCACGCGAACUUUACGAAGCGCACGCAAUCGAAGCCCAUCCUGGCACGAAAAUGGAUCUGAUUGAAUCGGGUGUUGCUUCGGAUGAGCCGGAAAAUGCGGACAUGCAGCAAGUGGAUGCUGCCGGAUCGGCACAGGACGGUACGGAUGGUUCGCUGAAGAAUCCAGAACGCCCCAUCAAGGGUGAAAUAGGCGCUGAUGAGGAGGUAACAGGCGAGGCUGAGGAGGAGGACGAUGAGGAUAACAAAAACAGCGCCAACAACGGUGGAUUCACGCUCAUCUUCAAGUGCAAACUGUGCUCGGGACGGUUCCUGAAGAAGAAAUCGCUCGACUGGCAUCUACAAACACAUCGUUCGAUUGCGAAACAGGGUGACGGUGUAGCGAUUCUUCCCGACAUUGGACCAGACGCAAUCGCAGACCAUCCGAAGAUGAGCAAGUGUACGAUCUGCGGGCAGAUAUUCGACAACGAGAUCCUCUUCCAUCAGCACAUGCGUACCCAUCAGAGAGGUCCUCGUCCGAUGCACACGAUGGGAUACGUUUCGCAAUCGCCACCAACUAGGCGCAGACGGACGGGUGGACGUAGCAUCAUUCAGUGCGAACUGUGCAAGAAAACGUUCAUGUAUCGCAGUCAGCUGCAUCAGCACACCAUGCUGCACCAUCAGCCGGGCAAACCGUACGAGUGCAAGGUGUGUCACUAUAGCUUCGUCCACAAAUUGAACCUGAAGCGCCACGAGCUGACACAUCUGCGAGAACCGCCGCGCCCGCAAAUGCUCGAUCAGGAGCACGAUCAGGAUGAUCAGCUGGAUAAUUCGCAUCUGCUGCAGCCGCUGGUGCUGAUGGACGGGCCAGAGGACGAUGCGAACGGUGCCGGUCGGUCAGCAGAUCAGGGCGAUGGUGAUCAGCUAUCCGGAUCGGUUGGAAGUGGUGGACGGACAUGGAAAAAGUUCAAGUGCGUUGUUUGUUCGCUGGUAUUUACGAAGCAGGAAGAACUCGUCGUGCAUCUGCAGACGCAUAUCGAGCGCAUUAACGAGGCCAAGAGUCGAGGCACAUCGACAACAGCCUUAUCGUCGUCCGUCGACAUAGGAAUCGCUCCCACCGAUCGGCAAUGCAAGCUGUGUCACAAGGUGUUCAAGUUCAGCUGCCAGCUGAAGCAACACCACCUGCUGCAUCAUGCGCGCGAAAAACCGUUCGAGUGCAGUACCUGCCACUAUCGGUUCGAGUUCAAGGGACAUUUGGUGCGACACCGGGCCAACCAUCAUCCGAACGAGGUCAAGGAAGAACACAGCAUGGAUAUGGCGGGCGCCUUCAUAACAUCCACUCCGCUCCGCGGAUCGUCCGGCCGUGGGGGAAACUACGGUGAGGGUAGCAGCCAAAGUGUGCCGAAGUAUGGCGGCUUGGUAACGGACGAUGUAAUUAUUGCGCCGACAACAUCAUCGCCACGGUCGGAAAGUGGAUCGGCUGGUGUACCAACUCACCAGUGCCCGAUGUGCUCGCUGAAGUUCAUCAAGGCGCGGUCCCUGGCCAUGCACAUGCGGAUACAUCUGGGUGGUCGUAAAUUGCGCCGUGUCAUACCGGCCUCUACAGCUGCACCGACAUCACCGGGCCUGGAAGCGCAGGCCGGUGCACAAACCGGUUCCGAUAAGCUGGUGUGCCGUAUCUGCGCAGGAACUUUCCCAACAGCGCACGAGCUGAAGACGCAUAUGAUGACGCACAUUGGAAGCGAAGCGAUGGAUCUGGAGGUUCCGUUCGGCAUCAGUGCAUUCAACAUGCUGCACGAGAAUAUGUUCAACGAUUCGAUGGGAGGUGGCGGAGAAGGUGGAUCCUCCGGUGGUCGGAUCGGUCCGGACGAUCACAGUGGCAUGGGUGGUGAAGGAGGUAACAAUAGCCGGACGGAAGGCGGAAGCACCGAUGGAGAUUAUCAGCAGGAUGAGGGUGAAGACGGUAGCGGAGGUGAUCCGUUGUUCGACAGCUCUAAUCUAGAGCUCGUUCUAGAUGAUAAUAUUCUCGAUAAGGACUUUAACCUGCGAUAUCAACAGCAAAAGCGCAGAUUGACGAAAACGGGCCACAACAACGGUGACGGUGGAGAAGACGAUGCGGAAGAGGAGGAUGAUGAAGAUGAGAACGAGGACGAUAUAACGGACACGAACGAUGGCGAUGGUGGGGCCGGCGAGGAUGACGACGAAGAGGAUGAGGGCGAACAGUCGUCCGCAUCGACCAUGGCCAGCUUUCAGCGUAACAUGAACCUGAUGGCGACGCACCGUUCGCGUCUUGCUGCGUCGGCCGCAUUAUCGGCGCGCCUGCAAGCGACACCGUCCGCGUCUUCCUCGCAAUCUUCCUCGUCGAAUAAGGGCAAAAUUGUGUGCGAGCUGUGCAAGAAGGAGUUUCUGUAUCCAUGCAAUCUCAACCAGCACAAGCAGCUACACCAUUCGAAGGAUAAACCGCAUGAGUGCCGCGUCUGCCAUUAUCGGUUCGAAUAUGUCGGACAUCUGCAGCGGCAUAUCCGGCAACAGCACGAAAAGAUGGCGGAGGAACUGUUGACACCGGCAGAACCACAAUCGUUCGAUUGUACCAUUUGUGGUGAAUCGUUUGAUGCAAAAUCUUUGUUAACUGGACACGUUCAGACAAUGCAUAGAGGUGCGAAGCCGUUCCAGUGUGACAAAUGUCCGGCAACGUUUAGCUAUAAGAAAUCGUACGAAACUCACCGAGAAGAACAUUACUUGAAAGCCACUAAUGGAGCCUUCAAGUGUAGUUUCUGCAAGAAAACUUUCAACAGCGCACAAAAAGUAGACAACCAUGUUUGCAUUCAAUAGUGACACCGGAAAAUAGAACACCACUAUAAAGAAUAAUAAUACACUGAAGCAAUGCUAACAAUUUACGCUAAAAACCGCCAGCUGAUGUUGGCAGUAAAUGAGGGAACGGAAAGUGGGCUAACACAUACAAAACAUAGCAGCUAUAAUGUAUCUUUUUACACACAUACUCAACACAUAUGCGCAGAAGCGGUGUAAGUUUAGUCUUUAGGAAGAAAAGAAAAAAAAAGUAUUGUAUAAGCAAAAUCAGGAUAGAAAUUAUAUAUAUAUAUACAUAUAUAUAAAUAUAUAUAGUAGCAAAGCAAACAAACAAAACAUACAGUAAUAACAUUUGCAGGAAUAUAAAUCGCCUAUAAACCGUCAUAGGGGAAGGAAAUGUGUAGAGAACAACAACAUGUAGCUUGUAAGGAAACGAAUCAAAACAACACAUACAACAAACAUAAAAACAAACCCACAAAACUCAGAUGUAGAAAGGAACGAAAACAACAAAAUAGUGCAGUUUGAUAGGAAGCAGUAAAUGAGCCCAGUAAUUCAUAAACACGAUUAGAAGGGAUAGUAUGGAAAAAAGUGCAGAAGAAACGAGAUAUGCAACACAGUUAAACAACCAAGCAAGCUAGUAGUUCAAAUUGUUUCAUCAUAUUCCUACUUAUAAUUGUAAUGUUAUGCACGGACCUGUAAAGUGAAUCGAUCGGCGGACAAGUGUAUUCUAUAUCUAGCUCGCGCUCUUGAAUGUAUCGGAUGGGGCAACAACACAUCACCGAUAGCAUUAAAUCUUCACAUGGAAGAAUAAUUAGUACGUAAGUGCAAAUGCAGUAUGCGCAUGUAGUCCAACACACAGGCACACACACACAUACACACACAAACACACUCAUACACGAGCGCAUACACAGCAUCAACAUGCAAUCACAACUAGCCUGCACCUUUUUGAGGCAUUUGCAUUUGUUUCCGCGCGAUGUCACAAGUCGUUUGGUUAAAUUUUAGUAAGAUAGUACAUAAAAAUGAAAAAAAAAGAGUACGCAACAAAAGGCAUAAAAGGCAAAGGAAAUGGUUGUGCCUGUUUGCAGAAAAAUGGCAAAACCUUUUUAAGCUUGAUCGGAAGCACGCGUUUUUUUUUAAGUUUUCCCUUUGCAAAGCGUAAUGAUCAUUGGACUGAUAGACAAAUCUGUUCGCUUUUUUUUGGUAACUCGUUUAUGGCCUUUGGAGUGUCUAAAAUGCGUAACCGUAGUUAAACUGUCGAGCAAUAUAAUGUUUUGAUUAGAGUGUUACUUUUACAUCAUUUCCCAUCAGCACGUGCUUACACGAGCCUCAUGGCCCAGGUGAGCCUUUUUGCUCGAUGAGAGUUAAACUGUAUUUGAAAGCUUAUUUUAUUACUCAUUUUACGUUAACUUAAACAGCAUAAUGCAAGUAUGUUUCAACAAUUUUAUCUUUGUUUAAUUUUAAAACAGGAAAAAAACAGCUCGUUUUAUCUUAGUAUCUGCAGAAGAUAUCAUAGUACUAGUAGUAGCAGUAGCUGUAGUUAUACUACGCCAUGUCCCUCUGCUUUGCUGUGCGCCGUUGGACAUAGUGGUAAUGGAAAGUAUUUUUCUUUUAUUUUAUCUCAUUUUUGUACCAUGUUUACACAUUUAUUACGUUCGAUGCGGCGUGUGUCACCGUGCACGUUCUGAACCGCUUUUGUUGUAAUUAAUGGCCAGCCGGAGACGUAUGCAGGUGCAAUUUGCUAACGUAUAUUGAUUUUAAUCAUGUAUUGUGUCCCGAAUCGAUAUGUAAAAGAAAAGCAAGCAAACUAAUGAUGCGCAACAAAAACAACAAUCUCAUAGCGAGCAUGUAAUGGUGAUGACACAGCCUAGCCCGCAUAUUCGUUUUGUCUCUUAACAUGCCCCAAAAAAAACUUGAUUCAUUCUUUUAAAAAAGCAUACACACACAACAAGUAAACAAAACAAACACACAUACACACAAAAGGCAACAGAAUGCAACAGUCGAAUUAGCAAAAUUAGAACACAUGACUUCAAUCAGUAAUUCAAGCUAAUACGAAAAGCAGCAAAAGUAACACAAAUUUCAUGAGCAUCAUUAAUUUAUUAUUAUAUUUAUUAUUGUACUUGUAAUAAGAUAUUUAACCAAUACCCCACCCCCACCCCAUAUUGCAAAAAUACGCUAAAUGAAGUGAGUAGUUGAAGAAAAAAGGCCAAGCGCGGUUAGGCGAUAUGUGAGAGAGGAUUGAUCAGAACUCAUAAAAAUACAACAGCAACAGCAGUGAACAAAUUAUGAUCCGAACGGUUUAGAACAAAAUAGGAAUGUAAAGGAAAUAUGAUAGAAGGAUGAAGUUGGAAUGGGAAUUUAAAGUAAAAUAAACUUAAGAUUUAGAGAUUAA